CCACUGCCAGAACCCUCACCCCAGCCGUGGAGCCACGGCGAUGGGACAGAACCAUGCCCAGAGGGCCAAGUCCCCCUGCCACAUUCCAGGUGUCAUUCUGCCAUCUGCAAAACACUAACCACGCUGCCUUCUGACCCUCAGCCCUAGACUCAGACACCAGCCUCAAGCUGAUGACUCAAAUGCCAACAGCUCUGGCGGAAUGGUGUUCAAACGCCCCCGCUCAUGGUCUCUUACUCCUCCCAGUGGUUCCCCAGAGUCUAGAAUCUGAGAAGUGAAACUGAACCUGCUACCCCUUUUCUUGAAGGGUGAGGAAGAACCUUUCACGACUUUAUAUCAGGCCUGCUAUUUUUCCUUUGGUCACACACAUGCCCUCGCCAUGAAGGGCUUCACAGCUACCCUCCUUGUCUGCAUGUUGCUUGGGGGCAGCCCUGGGGGAGCCUGGCCCACACACCUUGCCUGCAGGAGCGGUGGCUUGGAGGUGUUCUACCAGAGUUGCGAUCCCUUGCAAGACUUCGGCUUAUCCAUUGACGAGUGUUCCAGAGAAUUAAAGCCAAAUCUCAGCAUUCGAUUUGGACUCAUUCUGAGAGAAGACAUCCGACAGCUGUUUCUGGACGUAACUCUCGUCUCCAAAGGCGUGUCUGUUCUGAACUUCUCCUACCCCAUCUGCGAGGAGGACUUCCCCAAGUUCUCCUUCUGUGGAAGAAGGAAAGGAGAACAGAUUUACUUUGCUGGUCCUGUCAACAACCCUGCAUUUGAUAUUCUCCAGGGUGAAUAUGAGAUUUUGCUAGAACUGUACAAUGAAAACCAUUCCACCGUGGCCUGUGCCAAUGCUACCGUCCUCUGCUCCUGACUGUGGCCGGCAGCAAAAACACAGCUCAGUCUCCUUGGAACUCCAGCUUCCCCAGACUGAGCCUGCCAUGGAAGAAGAACCAAAGGACAACGGAGAAAGGCUCUAUAAAGAAAUCCUCCAAAGAGUGCAGCUGCUAACCUCAGCCCCAGGCUCAGCUGUCUCAACUUCCAGACUUCCCAGAUGCAAGGAAGCCCCCUAAGUCACCUGUUUCCCAGGAGCCCUUGGCAGCCACCAAGAAGUCUCCAGGGUCAUCCUUCCCCUCUAAUUAGUCAGCGGCACAAGACUCGCCUGCAUUUCAACUCCUCGGGUGCACCUGCUCACGGUGACAGGGAAUAAAGAAACUGGCCUGUGACGGA